UGAAAUUAAUUAACUGAAAUUAAAAAAAAAAAAAGAAAAGAGAGAAAAACCGAAUUACUGAAAUCUACUCCAACUUCACCACCACACAAAAGACACCACCUCUCUCCCUCUAUUUUAUUUAUUAUAUAUUUUUAUAAAAACUCACAUUCACAUUUAUAAGACCACGAUUUGGUGAAGUCAUUCUCUAUUUUCAACUUCUUUUUCUUUCCCUUUCUCUCUCUCAUUCAUCCGCCACCCUCUUUUCUCUCUCUAAAAACCCCACUUUCUAUCUCUUCUUCAUUCUUCUCUCAGAGCAUGGUGAAAGAUGAGUGGAUGCGAGCGGCCAUGUCCGAUGACACUCUCGUCGUGGAGCUUCUGUUUCGUCUCAAGCAGUCUCACGCGGCGUCACCUCUCAAAUCUCAGCUUCACCUGCCCUCGACUAUGGUUCCUCUAACUUGGAGUGUCAGACUUCCUAGGUCAAGAGCACUCAGGAACAACGAAACCGCCGCUUCACAAAGGAAACAAUCCGAUUCAACCAGAUGUAGUCCUACCACGCCGCUUUCAUGGAGCGGUACCGCUUCUCCUUCUGCCACCGCCGAUGGCUUCGAAGUUGAAGAGUCCAGCCGUUCUGCUAACCGCUCUCCUUCUCACUCCAGAUCCAAGGGUAUUGCUACAAAUAAUGAUUUGGGUUGCAAUACCAGUUCCAGCAGAAGAUCAAGACGGAAGAAGACAUUUGCUGAACUAAAAGAGGAGGAGAGUUCACUUAUCAAAGAAGGGGUGAAUUUGAGAAAGGAGUUAGAAAAACUAAGGGCAACAAUCAAGGAACAGAGAUCUACAAAUGAAAGCUUGAAGAGGAUUAAGCUUGAGUUUGGUGAGAAUUCUGCAAAAUAUGUGGAUGCAGAUAACCCCCUCAAGAGCGCGAUUUCCCCUCAGCCACACCAAAGAAUCACUUCUACUUUUGCAGCUGUUUCUUUGAACUUGCCCAAUAAGGUGACAGAUCAUGAUCAUCCAAAAUCAGAUUCUUCUGAUGCAUCAAAGGCCGUCUUGGACCGGGACAGUUUCUACUUCCUGCCAGAUCUGAACUCGGUGCCAGACGAACAAAACAAUGAAGACUUGUGUAUUGACGUGUUAUAAGGGUAGGAACUGAAGACUCAUGUUUUGCUUAUUUGGCUUCUUCUCCAAUAAUUUUACAAGGUUUCUGAGCUCUCAACACUGCAGAAGCCAAAAGCAUCACGUUAAGAUAUUGAACUAGUCUCUUCUUAUAAGUCUCGGAACGUAUAGAAGGGCAAUGGCAGCCUAUGCCUAUCGAUCAUGGAGAAAGUUUUGAGGGUCGACUAGUGUAGUAUGCAAACUUCUUUGAAGGAAACAGUUCCCUCUCUCUCAGGUAUUCUUUGGGGGUAAUCCCUAAUUACGUCUCAUUGGACCUAAUUGUAACAUUCUUUGUAGUUAAAAACUUAAAAACAUUAGUUGGACGAACUCCUUUUUAUAAAGGUUCUUGAGAUUUUAUCUUACA